AUGUAUCCGAUAUGGAAGGUCCUACCGAUAGCAUUUCUCAGUGUGUUCGCAGCAACUCACGGUGGAGGACUCUCGAAAAGGGACCGCACAAUGUGCGCGUUGGCGCUGUUCUUUGGUGGGAUUGGCGACGUUCUAAUAGGUCUCAGUGAAGAGGGAAUCGUGACGGGAGCGAUCGCAUUCGGAAUUGGACAUCUGUUCUACCUGACACAAAUAUUGUCACGCCCUACGAAAAUACACUGGCCAUUGUUGAUUGGUACAUUUGUGUGGGGUGCAAUUAUUGGUCAUUUAUGCUUUUUACCAAUGCUGAAGCAGCAUCUAUUCGAAGUUCUCCUACUGUCUACGUAUUCGCUAAUACUGUCAUCCUGCCUUGCAGUUACUGGUUCACAAUACCUUAAUCGACGACGGGAGGAUGAUGAGAAGGGUCUAUUUCUUCGAUACGUGGGAUUUCUACUAUUCUUCAUAUCGGAUUCACUUCUAGUCCUCCAUCAUACUGGCUACAUAGUUCCAUGGCCAGAGAUGUCCAUUCUUUCAACUUAUUACACUGCUCAGUAUCUCAUCUUAUACGGCAAUAUCCAUACUGGUCUUCAUGUUAAAGCUAAAAGUACUUGA